UUGAAUAAUAUUGUAUGAAAAUAGAAAAUCCCACAUAACCUAAAUUUCUAAUUUAUUGUUAUUAGGUAGUGAGCUUUAGUCAUUAUAGUGAUCUAUUUCAGUGAAUAAUUUAGUAAAUUUAGUGCUUGUAUUGCAGAUCGUUGAUCGCACAUAUGUUUUUUUAUUAGAAGGUCUUUAGUCAAAUAUUUGUAUGGUAAAAUUUAAAGUAGGCAAAGCGUAAUUGUGAUUCAUCAUCUGCUAUACAUUAUUCAGUAAUUGAAUCUUCUCUGAUAUAAAGAACAAAACUUAUGGAAUGGAAGUAAAGAUACAGAGGCUAGAGCAUAAUGUGGUUGAUGACUCUUCAUACAAGGGAGAAGAGUACGGAUGCCACAGUGGAUCCAGUCCAGUCCAGAUUCAGCCUGAAGGUCAAGACAACUCAGGAUCAAUUAUGGUAUCACAACAUCAAGCACCAGACGUGGACAACUGUGAUUGGCCAACUUAUGAACUGGAUCAAGGUGAAACUUCAGUCCAAAAUUUUUCAAAACAUCCAAUUGAAAUUAUAGUAAAACAAGAGGUACAUGAUGGAGAAGAAGAAAAAGUAGUAGUAGUUGGAGAAGAAGAAGAAGAAGAAGAAGAAGAAGAAGAAGAAGAAGAAGAAGAAGAACGACGACGACAACAACAACAACAACAACCGAUCAAGCAAGAGGUACUAGAUGGAGAAGAAGAAAAAGGAGAAGAAGAACAAAAACUGAUCAAGAAAGAGGUACUAGAUGGAGAAGAACAACAAUUUCGAGAGACAGAAGAAGUAAAAGUGGAAAAAGUUGAGGUUAAGCAAGAAAUUGAUUGUUGUUUGCAUAUUGAGAGCACAUAUUCUGUUCCAUCGGAUAGACUGAGCUUUGAGCCCUCUUCACCUGAACAUUUCAAAGUAGAAAAUGUAGAAGCUAUGGAGGAAGAUCGAUCAUUCAAACAUCAUUCAGAAAUGUUGAUGCAAGACUAUUCUUCUGAAAUAGCUCCUGGAAGUUCUGAAAGUGGAAGCAUAUAUUGUAUACAAAAGUUUGAGAAACAUGCAAGAGCAGGUUCCCCUGAAAGGUCACUUGAUGAGUCUCUUGAAAAUUUAUCGACACAAGAUUCUAUUGAAGAUUGCAAUGAUUUGAAUUCAUUAAAUGAAAAUGAUAAAACACAUUUUAGUGAAUCAGUAAUUUGUCAUUUGUGUAGCAAAACAUUCAGCAACAACAAAGAUCUAAAUCUUCAUUAUAUAAAAUUCCAUUGUAAAGUAAAUCAAGGAGCAAAACCGUUUUGCUGCAAAGUCUGUGACUUUAGUACUUCAAGGAGAUCAGCACUAAAUUUACAUAAUAGAAAUGCACACACUGGAGAAAUGCAUUACAUCUGUGAAUUUUGUGAGUAUGUGUCCAAUUCUUCUGCUAAUAUAAAUGCACAUACAAUAAGUCAUACAGGAGGAAGGCCCUACUACAGUUGUGAAUUUUGUGGCUUCAAGUCUUUUCAAGAAUCAGAUCUUACUAUGCAUUUAUAUUGCCAUUGUCACAUUGAAGAAAACCCUUAUAACUGUGAAAUUUGUGGAUAUUUAUGCAAAACUUAUCAUACUUUAUCAAGACAUACUCAAUCUCACACAGAAAAGCACUACUGCUGUGUAAAUUGUGACUACAAAACAAAUCAUAAAAGGAAUCUCACCAAACAUUCAAGGAUGCACACUGAAGAAAGACCCUACAGCUGUAAUUCUUGUGACUACAAGACAUCACAAAAAUCAAAUCUCAUGUCACAUCUAGAAAUACACACUGAAGAAAGACCCUACAGCUGUGAUUAUUGUGAUUACAAAACAACAAAGAAAUCAUAUCUCAUAAGACAUCUAAAAAGGCACACUAAAGAAAAAACCUACAGCUGUAAUUCUUGUAAUUACAAGACAUCACAAAAAUCAAAUCUCAUGUCACAUCUAGAAAUACACACUGAAGAAAGAUCCUACAGCUGUGAUUAUUGUGAUUACAAAACAACAAAGAAAUCAUACCUCAUAAGACAUCUAAAAAGGCACACUAAAGAAAAAACCUACAGCUGUAUUCUUGUAAUUACAAGACAUCACAAAAAUCAAAUCUCAUGUCACAUCUAAAAAUACACACUGAAGAAAGACCCUACAGCUGUGAUUAUUGUGAUUACAAAACAACAAAGAAAUCAUACCUCAUAAGACAUCUAAAAAGGCACACUAAAGAAAAAACUACAGCUGUAAUUCUUGUAAUUACAAGACAUCACAAAAAUCAAAUCUCAUGUCACAUCUAGAAAUACACACUGAAGAAAGACCCUACAGCUGUGAUUAUUGUGAUUACAAAACAACAAAGAAAUCAUAUCUCAUAAGACAUCUAAAAAGGCACACUAAAGAAAAAACCUACAGCUGUAAUUCUUGUAAUUACAAGACAUCACAAAAAUCAAAUCUCAUGUCACAUCUAAAAAUACACACUGAAGAAAGACCCUACAGCUGUGAUUAUUGUGAUUACAAAACAACAAAGAAAUCAUACCUCAUAAGACAUCUAAAAAGGCACACUAAAGAAAAAACCUACAGCUGUAAUUCUUGUAAUUACAAGACAUCACAAAAAUCAAAUCUCAUGUCACAUCUAGAAAUACACACUGAAGAAAGACCCUACAGCUGUGAUUAUUGUGAUUACAAAACAACAAAGAAAUCAUAUCUCAUGAAACAUCUAAGAAGGCACACUGAAGAAAAACCCUACUGCUGUAAUUCUUGUGACUACAAGACAACACAGAAAUCACAUCUCAAGUCACAUCUAGAUAUACACACUGGAGGAGGAAUCCACAGCUGUAAUUCUUGUGAAUACAAAACAAUACAGAAAUCAUAUUUCAUAACACAAAGAAUGCCCACUGGAGAAAAACCCUACAGCUGUGUGAUUCUUGUGACUAAAAAGGAGCAAACAAAUCAUUGCAAAACAUCAUAGAAGGAGACUGAGCCCUAUGGUUGUGAAUCGUUUUAGCAUUCCACACAGAAAGAUUUCAUAACUCCAACAAAAUUUAAGAGCAAAUACAGGAUGAAAUAAGCCUAAGGCAGGAUUUCAAAAUAUCUGAAUUCAACUUUCAACUAUUAUAAUCUCAGCCCAACCCAUUCUAUCUAAGCUUAAGACUUCAAUAAAACACGAAGUGCGAAUCCACAUUACAUUAGAAAGUACCUUGCAAACUCUUACGAGUUAUUCUAAAUGUAGGUAGCCAAAUUACUAACCAACUGUUCCAAUUAUAUUUUUCAAAUAGAGUUUUCAGCCAGUGGAAAUCGAAUUUUUAUAUGUUUGGAAUCUCAUUAGAGCAUUGAAGUAUUCUCAAAUUAAGUUACAUUCACAAAUUAUUUGACAAUACUUCCGCCUAAAACUAUUGAAACUCACAUUAAGAUAAUGUCAAUAUUUGGUUAAUUUUUUAUGCUUUUUGAACCAAAAUGGGACGACAAUUUACUAUAUUUUAUUGAUGUUUUUUCCCAAGACGAAACACUAUCUAAUAACUUUACUGAAGUUAUUCUAAACUGUUGUUUAGAUAAUGUGUAUCUUCGUAAAUAUUUAAUAACACUUACCGUACUCUUUGUGAUGAGAUGAGGUAUGCAUUUUCCUCCUGAGGAGGAGCUUUAUCAGCCUGAAACAAGGGACGCUUGCUUUCUAAGGGUUUCUCUAUAUUUUAUUAUACAUCAAUUUCCAAUAAUAAUAAUAAUUAAGAGGAGUUUAUUGACAAAACAUAUACAUAAUUUAUUGUUAUAUUAUAAAUACAAAAUUGCUAAUACUAAACUUAGUUCUAAUUAUGAUACCCCACUAUAAUAAUAUGUGUCGGGGUGAUCAUAAUGUUCUUUUCUAAAACAUGUAUAAAAAAUGUAAUUAGUAAUUUUAGUUAUAAAGGUUUGUUAGUUAUCAAAGGUAGGUAGAAUAAAAAGAAGAUAGUAGUUCAUCCUAUUUACAAUGAGCUCCUCGGUCUGGUAAAUGCCACUAUCAUAUAACCAAUUCCGUACUGCUCUUUUAAAUCUAUUUAUAUUUAUUUCGUCCUUUGCGAUCUGCGGGAUUUUAUUGAAAAUUCUAGGACCUAAAUAUUGUACCUCUGACCAAAAGCUGUGUUCAUUGUGGGAAUGAGAAGAAAAUUCAGAUUUCUAAUUCUGGUGUUGUGGCUAUGGAAAAUUAAAUCGGUAAAAUUUGUAUUCUUAAUAUAAAUUACUAAAACUAAUACAUAUAACUAUCUGACGCUGAGAACUCUACUUUCGGUGAACAAUUCACUUGUUGGAAAACGGUUGUUUCUGUUUGUCAUAACCUUAAGAAUAUGUUUCUGAGCUUUAAAAAUUGAAUCUAUUAAUUUGUAAUUUGCUGCACCCCAAACCAACAGCCCAUAUCUCAAAAGUGACUCUACAAGUGAGAAAUAUACUAUUCUAAUCAUAUCUUUACUAAUUAUAUGACAAAGCUGGUAGAACUUAUAAAUGAGCUUUCUUAUUUUCUUAGUUGUGUACGAUAUAAUAUGUUCAUCCCAUUUCAAUCGAUCAUCUACAAUAUUAUACCUAGUUAUUUAACAUUAUCAGAGUGCUUAAUGAGAGGACAAUCACAGUUUCGAUUCUCCCCUUUACAAUAAUGGAGCUUCAUUGAUGACUUUGACCGUUUGGUGCUAUCAGUUAUAGAAAAGGUUAAGAAAUUUGUUUUCCCUGCAUUUAGUGUUAAUAGGUUGUUCCCCAUCCAUGUGGUGACCCUGGAGAGUUCUGUUUCUGCUGUUUGAAAUACCUCAUCCCAGUUUCUACCCUGGAAAAGCAGGGCCGUGUCAUCUGCAAAUGCUAUUACCCUACCUCUGAUUCGAAUGGAGCACAACUCAUUUGCAAAUAUAAGAUAUAAAAUUGGGCCCAAAACUGUUCCUUGAGGAAUUCCAAAUUCCAUGGAUCCUUCUGCACUCAUGUGACUAACACAUGAUUUUAGCUGUUGUAAAAACUCAGUAAUACAGACUUGGGUCUUUGUAUUCUGGCGUCAAGCUCCUAUAGUUCAUAAGUUGUCCGCUCUGAUGGUAGUUAUUCAUUAGUGCUAGCUUGUAGUAUGCUCACUUUGCCUACUUCUAAUUUUGUAUUUUUUAGAUGUGAUUUUCUGAUGUAUUUAAUUCGUUUCAUUGUUCUAGUAAUUUAUAUUGCAGUUUUUGUCAUAUUCUGCAAUUAUUUGAGCCAUUUUGCAUUGGUUCUGUGUCAUUUUUAUUUCCAAUACUUUGAUCUCCCAUCGUUGGCUACAAUCAAUGCUUGCUUCCACUUGUUCUCUUCUUCAAGUCAAGUUGCCCUUUCGAGGCUUCCCCUUUUAUUUCUUCAAAUAUGUAGCAAUUUUAUCUUUUCACCUAAAAUUAAUGUUUUAAAGUGUUUUCUAAGCUCUCCUUGGCAUUCUGUGCAAAUAAGUUUCUUCGUGGGAUUUUUUCUCAUCAAAAUAUCUUCAUCAUUCCAAAAGCUAACCUAAUAGCUCUGCAUCACCUUGUGUUCAACUUCAAAAAUACAAAACUAAUUCUCCUUGAACUCGAUCAUCAAAAUUCAAAUGUUUUUCUGCCAUCAUAAACUCUUAUGAACACUCAAAAAUUGUAAUUGUGAGUAUUUAAUUGUAAGUUCAAUUUUUCUCCCUUGGCACUUUGUCUGAUUGGUAUGGUUACAAGUCACUACUUUUAGGCCACAAUAUUGCUUGUCAUUUGACUACCUCUCUGCAUCAGGACACCUUGAUCUGCCACUCUUGUCGUUUGACUAUUUCCAAGCUAGAUCUUACUGCCAACUUCAAAUUUCAUGAACUCCCCGUGUGCAAUCUCUGUGUGCAUCCAGUGAUCUGGUUUCUCAAGUGUGCUCAGAACUUUCUGUAUCAAAUUGUUUCAACUGUGUCAAAAAUGAACUGUAUCAAAUCAAUUCAAAUUGUUUUCACUGUCAUUAUGGACAAUCCUAGUUUGUGCCAACAGCAACCAUUAUCUCAUAUUUUGCAUAUAUUAUGAACUCUGGCACCCUGCCAUCCCAGCCAACAAUUACAAAUUUCGUGUGUCAGUCCACCCUGGAUCCUGUCUAUCCACUCUGAGAUCAUUCAUCGGUCUUCGGCGCUCUUCUCCUUGGUCGACGGAGCUUGUCUCAUCGGUCGUCGGAGUCCUGCUUCAUCGGUCUUUGGUGCCCUCCUCAUUGGUCGCCUUUUCUCUCACUGAUUGCAUCCAAGGUGCCCUGCCGCCUGUCCAGGUCCGAGUCACUGGUGUGUGUCUCACGUGCCCUCCCGGGAACAAGUUAGAUGGCCUGACUUGCAACAUUUGCUUAUCAGAUGAGUUUGUCACUUUCAAUAUUUUUAGACUUAUUCUUUGGCCCUUUUUACACAGAGGUUUUUCUAACAUUCAUAUUUUCAUUCUUUGAAAAUUGCUACUUAUUUGUUAAAUUGAAACUUCUACUUACCCUUUUUUAUGAGUCUCUUUCUCCUUUUACCACAACAUUGGAAAGCCUGUUGUGCAACAAUUUUGCCACUUAGUAUUUGAAGUCACAUUUAGUAACUCUGUAUAUGAAUAAUUUUAGGAAUUCACAACGUUUUAACACUAAUUACUAAUCAUUUCUAAUCAGACAGUAGCCUACAGCUGUCUCUUGCUCUGUUCUGCACAUUAGCCAAGCUGCUUCUGGUGCCCUCUCAUGCCAUACUAAGUAUUGUUAUGAUCUGUUGAGAUUUAAUUUGAAUUUAAUUUAAUAUUUCUACCCUUUUUGUCACUCAUUUUCUCAGGAACAAUAAUCUUAAGAAUCAGUGAAAGAGAAUUCACAGACGAUUGCUUAUCUAUUGAAUAUAUUGAGUUUCUAAAUAUGUUAUUUCAGGACUAUCAAAUUGCUCGAAUCAGCUAUUGAAAAUAAACCAAAAUUAUCAAGUUUUCAUCUAUUUAUAUUCAAAUUACAUAUUAAUUUACAUUAAAGACUAUAUCUAUAAUCAUUAUAUUGUAUUCUUACAUUCCUAUAUUCAAAUAUUCACAAAUGUUUUGUAAUAUCCAUUGACUUAUUGACACAUUUGAAUUUCUGCAAUUAUUGUUGUACUAGCCUUUUAUAUCUCCAUCAUCAGUAAAACUCUUUGUUCGUUUUUGAAGAAUUCUGAGCGUAUGACAAAAGGGCAAAAUAAAUUCAGUCAUUGUCUCUGUA